AUGGUCGGUCAACAAUAUUCAAGUGCCCCAUUACGUACAGUCAAGGAAGUCCAGUUUGGUCUGUUUUCUCCUGAAGAAGUAAGAGCGAUUAGUGUGGCAAAGGUUAGAUUUCCAGAAACUAUGGAUGAAACGCAAACAAGAGCAAAAAUCGGUGGAUUAAACGAUCCUAGACUCGGUUCUAUUGACCGUAAUCUGAAAUGUCAGACUUGUCAAGAAGGUAUGAAUGAAUGUCCUGGUCAUUUUGGUCAUAUCGAUUUAGCUAAACCAGUCUUCCACGUUGGUUUCAUUUCCAAAAUUAAAAAAGUGUGUGAAUCCGUUUGUAUGCACUGCGGUAAAUUAUUAUUAGAUGAACAUAACGAACAAAUGCGCCAAGUGCUCAAGAUCAAAGACCCCAAAAAGAGAUUCAAUGCUGUCUGGAGUUUAUGUAAAACUAAAAUGAUUUGUGAAACAGACGUACCAUCAGAAAAUGAUCCUACUCAACUAAUUUCAAGAGGUGGUUGUGGUAAUGCUCAGCCAACCGUUCGUAAAGAUGGGUUAAAAUUAGUUGGUAGUUGGAAAAAAGAUAAAGCUACUAGUGAUGGUGAAGAACCUGAGCAAAGAGUGUUGGGCGUUGAAGAAAUAUUAAACAUUUUCAAACAUAUAUCGCCAGAAGAUUCUACUAAGCUAGGUUUCGAUGAAGAAUUCGCUCGUCCAGAAUGGAUGAUCUUAACUGUUCUACCCGUUCCACCACCACCAGUUCGUCCUUCAAUUUCUUUUAAUGAAUCCCAAAGAGGUGAAGAUGAUUUAACUUUCAAAUUAGCCGAUAUAUUGAAGGCCAAUAUUAGUCUAGAAACUUUAGAACAUAAUGGUGCCCCUCAUCAUGCAAUCGAAGAAGCAGAAAGUUUACUUCAAUUUCAUGUUGCUACAUACAUGGAUAAUGAUAUUGCAGGUCAACCACAAGCUUUGCAGAAAUCCGGACGUCCUGUUAAAUCUAUUCGUGCUCGUUUAAAGGGUAAAGAAGGUCGUAUUAGAGGAAAUCUUAUGGGUAAGCGUGUGGACUUUUCGGCGAGAACUGUCAUUUCUGGUGAUCCAAACUUAGAGCUAGAUCAAGUUGGUGUCCCAAAAUCUAUUGCAAGAACUUUAACUUAUCCAGAAGUCGUUACGCCGUACAAUAUUGAUAGAUUAACUCAACUUGUUCGUAACGGUCCAAACGAACAUCCUGGUGCUAAGUAUGUCAUUCGUGAUAAUGGUGAUCGUAUAGAUUUAAGAUACAGUAAAAGAGCUGGUGAUAUUCAACUACAAUAUGGCUGGAAAGUUGAACGUCAUAUUAUGGAUGAUGAUCCCGUUCUAUUCAAUCGUCAACCUUCUUUGCACAAAAUGUCUAUGAUGUCUCACAGAGUUAAAGUUGUUCCAUAUUCUACUUUUAGAUUGAAUCUUUCAGUUACAUCUCCUUAUAAUGCGGAUUUCGAUGGUGAUGAAAUGAAUUUACACGUUCCUCAAUCUGAGGAAACAAGGGCGGAGUUAUCCCAGCUAUGUGCUGUCCCAUUGCAAAUUGUCUCACCGCAAUCCAACAAACCAUGUAUGGGUAUCGUGCAAGAUACGUUAUGUGGUAUUCGUAUUUUAACAUUGAAAGAUACUUUCUUAGAAUUCGAUCAUGUUCUCAAUAUGCUUUACUGGGUCCCUGACUGGGAUGGGAUCAUUCCUACACCUGCUAUCUUAAAACCAAAGCCAUUAUGGACUGGUAAGCAAAUUUUAUCUGCUGCUAUUCCAAAAGGUAUUCAUUUACAACGUUUCGAUGAAGGCACCACUUUAUUAUCGCCAAAAGAUAACGGUAUGCUUAUCAUCGACGGUCAAAUCAUUUUUGGUGUUGUCGAUAAGAAAACAGUGGGUUCUUCAAGCGGUGGUUUAAUCCACGUUGUCACUAGAGAAAAGGGUCCUCAAGUGUGUUCUAGAUUGUUUGGUAAUAUUCAAAAAGUUGUUAACUUCUGGUUACUCCACAAUGGUUUCUCAACUGGUAUUGGUGAUACCAUUGCUAACGGUGAAACAAUCAAAGAAAUUACCGAAACAAUUGCUGAAGCUAAAAAGAAGGUCGAAGAAGUUACAAAGGAGGCACAAGCAAACUUAUUGACAGCUAAACAUGGUAUGACAUUACGUGAAUCCUUUGAAGAUAAUGUUGUUCGUUUUUUGAAUGAAGCAAGAGAUAAGGCAGGUCGUCUAGCCGAGGUUAAUUUGAAUGACACUAAUUACGUCAAGCAAAUGGUAAGUGCAGGUUCUAAGGGUUCUUUCAUUAAUAUUGCUCAAAUGUCAGCAUGUGUGGGUCAACAAUCUGUGGAAGGUAAACGUAUUGGUUACGGUUUCGUUGAUCGUACGCUACCUCAUUUCUCGAAAGAUGAUUAUUCGCCAGAAUCAAAGGGUUUUGUUGAAAAUUCAUACCUAAGAGGUUUAACACCACAAGAAUUCUUCUUCCACGCAAUGGGUGGUCGUGAAGGUUUGAUCGAUACGGCAGUCAAGACUGCAGAAACAGGUUAUAUUCAACGUCGUUUGGUUAAGGCCUUAGAAGAUAUUAUGGUUCAUUACGAUGGUACUACAAGAAAUUCAUUAGGUAAUAUCAUUCAAUUUAUUUACGGUGAAGAUGGUAUCGAUGCGUCUCACAUCGAAAAGCAAUCACUGGAUACCAUCGGAGGGUCAGAUGCUGCUUUCGAGAAAAGAUACAGAAUUGAUUUACUAAAAGUUGAAAAUUCGUUAGAUCCUUCACUACUCGAAUCUGGUUCAGAAAUCACUGGUGAUUUGAAACUUCAGGUCUUGUUGGACGAAGAAUAUAGACAAUUGGUUGAAGACCGUGCCUUCUUAAGAAAGGUUUUCACUGAUGGUGAGUCAAACUGGCCACUACCUGUUAAUAUUAGACGUAUUAUUCAAAACGCUCAACAAACAUUCAGAAUUGAUCAUUCUAAACCUUCUGACUUAACAAUACGUGACAUUAUUAAAGGCGUAAGGGAACUUCAAGAAAAACUUUUAGUCCUACGUGGCAAAAACGAGAUUGUUCAACAAGCUCAACAGGAUGCUAUUACCUUAUUCUGCUGCUUGGUUCGUUCACGUUUGGCUACUCGUAGAGUCAUCCAAGAGUACAGAUUGACUAAAGAAUCUUUUGACUGGGUGAUAAAUAACAUCGAAUCUCAGUUUCUACGUUCCGUCGUUCAUCCUGGUGAAAUGGUUGGUGUUUUGGCAGCACAAUCUAUUGGUGAACCUGCUACUCAAAUGACAUUAAACACUUUCCAUUUUGCGGGUGUCGCAUCAAAGAAAGUCACUUCUGGUGUUCCACGUUUAAAGGAAAUUUUAAAUGUUGCCAAAAACAUGAAAACACCUUCUUUAACUGUGUACUUGGAAGAAAAAUAUGCAGCUGAUCAAGAAAGGGCCAAAUAUAUUAGAUCUGCUAUAGAACAUACAACGUUGAAGAGUGUUACUGUUGCAUCUGAAAUUUACUACGAUCCGGAUCCACGUUCUACUGUCAUUGAGGAUGAUGAAGAAAUCAUUCAGUUACAUUUCUCUUUGUUGGAUGAAGAAAUGGAAGCCUCCUUGGAUCAACAAUCCCCAUGGCUAUUACGUCUAGAAUUGGAUCGUGCAGCAAUGAACGAUAAAGAUUUAACUAUGGGUCAAGUAGGUGAAAGAAUCAAAGAAACAUUCAAAAAGGAUUUAUUCGUUAUUUGGUCUGAAGAUAAUGCCGAAAAAUUAAUCAUCCGUUGCCGUGUUGUUCGUCCGAAGGGUCUCGAUGCCGAAACUGAAGCUGAGGAAGAUCAUAUGUUAAAGAAGAUCGAAAACACUAUGCUUGAAAAUAUUACGUUACGUGGUGUCGAGAAUAUAGAACGUGUUGUUAUGAUGAAGUAUGACCGUAAAGUACCAAGCAAAACUGGAGAAUUCCAAAAGGUUCCUGAGUGGGUCUUGGAAACGGACGGUGUCAACUUGGCUGAAGUUAUGACCAUUCCAGGUGUCGAUACUACAAGAAUUUAUACAAAUUCCUUCAUCGAUAUAAUGGAAGUACUGGGUAUUGAAGCCGGUCGUGCAGCUCUUUACAAGGAAGUCUACAAUGUUAUCGCAUCUGAUGGUUCUUACGUCAAUUACCGUCAUAUGGCUUUAUUGGUUGAUGUUAUGACCUGUCAAGGUGGCUUAACAUCUGUUACACGUCAUGGUUUCAACAGGGCUAAUACAGGUGCUUUAAUGAGAUGUUCGUUUGAAGAAACAGUGGAAAUCUUAUUCGAAGCUGGGGCAUCUGCUGAACUCGAUGACUGUCGUGGUGUCUCAGAAAAUGUCCUAUUGGGUCAAAUGGCUCCUAUUGGUACUGGUGCUUUUGGCGUAAUGAUUGACGAAGAAUCAUUAGUGAAAUAUAUGCCAGAGCAAAAGAUCACAGAAUUGGAAGAUGGUCAAGAAGGUGGUGCAACUCCAUAUGCUACUGAUAGUGGUUUAGCGAACACUGAUGUGGAUAUCAAAGAUGAGCUCAUGUUCUCCCCAUUGGUCGACUCUGGUGCCUCUGACGCUAUGGCAGGAGGCUUCACCGCUUAUGGUGGUGCCGACUACGGUGGCGCAACAUCUCCAUUUGGAGCUUACGGAACUACACCAAACUCUCCAGGUUUUGGUGGUGUAUCCUCUCCAGGUUUCUCACCAACUUCACCUACUUACUCACCAACUUCACCUGCCUAUUCACCAACAUCGCCAUCGUACUCGCCAACAUCACCAAGUUAUAGUCCAACAUCCCCAUCAUAUUCUCCAACAUCCCCAAGCUAUAGCCCAACAUCUCCAUCAUACUCUCCUACAUCACCAAGUUAUAGCCCAACAUCUCCAUCUUAUUCUCCAACCUCACCAAGCUAUAGCCCAACCUCUCCAUCAUACUCUCCUACAUCACCAAGCUAUAGUCCAACAUCUCCAUCUUAUUCCCCAACAUCACCAAGCUAUAGUCCAACAUCCCCAUCAUAUUCCCCAACAUCCCCAACCUAUAGCCCAACGUCACCUAGUUACGGUCCAAGAUCUCCUUCUUAUUCCCCUAGGGAGGAAGAUGACAAGAAAAAGGAUGAACAUAGUUCUCAAUGA